GCUGUCAACACUUUAGUGUCAACAUUCAACAUUUGGAUAUUGUGAAGAUUGAACAUAAAAAAACCGAAAUCUAGUACGAAUCGCUUGUUUUUAUUUUUAUAAUUUGAUUAUAUUAUAAAAAUGGAUGAAAUAGAAUACAAACUGAAAACAAACACUAGCGUAUUAAUAGUUAAUGCUAUUGAUAAAUUGAUAUCUACGAUAAAAUCCAAACAUAAGCCGGGCGAGGGACAAAAGUUUGUUUUGGAAAAUGAAGAAUUGAAAUUUUUGAGAGAGAAAUGUUCAUCUCCGGAGCCUGUCGUUAGCCUCACGGCAUGCCAAGGUCUUUUGGCUCUGGUAGAACUGAAUGUCCUAGAAAUAGGGCAUACUAUGUCAACUGUUGUAUCUCUUCUACCCACAGCACACAAUUUCUCUGCUAUUAUCUCAACAAUGGCAGGUCUUCUUAUUUUGGAUUUAAAGUCGCGAUUAGUCCCAGGACAGCCUUACAAAUGCCAGUUCUCACUGAGAUCUCCUCGUCAUCCCUUCAUCACUGUUCUUGAGAGAAAUAAGGAUAUGGAAGAUGAUGUUUUGGCUCAAAUGCACGCCUUGUGCACUAGCCAUGAAUAUUUAGUAUCCUCGAAUAGUCUUGAGCUAUUGCGGCCAGUGUUCCUCUGGAUGACAUGCAACCCUCAGCGCAAAAGGGGUAGUUCCAGGGCCUGGCAGUUAUUGCUUAGCCUGCCCCAAUCUGAUGCUCAGUCCUCUUUGCUACUGGCAUGCAUUAGUUGUCAACAGAUAUGCAGCCCAUUGUUGAUAGACACAGCAUUCACAUCUUACUCCGCAGUGACAGAAUCGGCGAUAUACCAGCAGAGAACAGACGCUGUGGUGGCUCUGGUGCCGUUGCUGGCCAGGGUGUGUGGAGAACUGCUGAAGCAUGGACGUGAUCCGCGUCCGUGCUACAGUCUAAUAGAGCGUUGUCUUUCCCUGGACUCACCGGAAAUGCGAAGCGUAUCCGGGUUAGCUCUGCUGCUAUUGGCUGAUAAUCUCACGCAUACAGCCGCACGGUAUCUGCACGAGCUGUUUAAUUUGUGUCUUAAUAUAAUAAGUAAAUGUGACUACUCAGUGCUUGGCCUGAAUUCCUUCGUCGGAUUCUCACUACAGUGGCUCCAUCUACCCUCAUAUUUAACAAAUGACGCUCUGAGCGUCGCCGCUAAAAUCUUAGACCUACAUCAAAACAGUAAAUCUAACAGUUCCUUAUACACGGCAAACUUGAAACAGAAUAGAAUGUUCCAGAAUCUAGUGCACACAGAUGGACGUUUAUAUGCGUACUACAAAUUGUUAGACACGUGGGAACGUGUUAGGGAUAACCCGGCCAAGUUGAGAGAGUGGUUCGAUCGUUUGACACAACGUGACUGUUUGAAAGUGGAGCUACUGCCGUUUUUGGUCGGGGUGUGUUUCGAUAGGAGUGCGGAAGAGGACCUUAUCAUCAUGGCGAUAAAGUGCAUAAUCGGUGUGGUGGGGGUGAAACGGGAAGUGUCAGUGGCAGUGUUGCCAAUGUUGGUGUAUAUUAUUGCUAAUGAGGAGCGGCCGAAUGUUAGGCUGGAGUGCUUGAAGGGUUUGCCGUUAAUGGCUGCCACUAAGGAAAAUGUACCAACUUUAGUGUCGGUGCUGAACAAGCUGAAAGCUAACAGAGGAGCGCCCACUUCCCUCCUUAUCAUGCUGUACACCAGUCUGGCUGAAACUCAGGUGCGUUGUUUUCCGUACCUGCAAGAGUGUCUCGUGGACACUGCGAUUGGGCCAGAUGACCUCAAGUGGGAGGUGGACGUGGCCAAAGCGGUCGCUGUUAAGCGGAUUUGUGAAGCGAGAGCGUCCUCCCACGGUCUAGAACUGGUGUCCGUGAUAUCGUCACUGCUCAACCGGUGUACCGACAAAGCGGGGGCCACGGCCACGUCCCUCGCGUUAGAGGCCCUGGGGGCUCUGUGGCGGGGAAACGCUGUGGCCCCGCCGGGGACCUGGAAGGCCCUGGAGCCUAGAUUGGGAAGGGACAACCGGCCCGCUGUACAGGCCAGCUUGUGCAAGUUGCUGGGCGAAGUCCCCGGGCUCCGCGCGUCCACAGCCGCGUACGACGCGCUCGUCGGCGACGCGGCGCGCCGCCUGUGGGCGCUGCUCGCGGAGGCCUCGCCCCCCGUGUGCGAGGCGGCCUGCGGAGCGCUGGCCAAUUACAGGAUUGAGGAUUAUAAGCUGAAGGAUGUGCCCGAGAUAUACAGACGGACAGUGAAACUGCCGCCCGCGUAUUGCAAAACACCUGUAGAUGCUGUGAGAAGACCCGAAGAUGUAUUGGAUUACAUACCGUGUGAAAUAUGGCCAGAGGUGUUUAAAAACACCAAUCAAGAUGCGCUCCCGGGUGUGCAGUAUCUAGUUAGCAAGCUAAUAGAGAGGGAAGUGCGCACCUACCGCAGCGGCGUGUACGCGAUAGAGGGCAGAGAGCCCCAGGGCUUGGGGCACUUGCCCCCGCACAGCGUGGUCAGGGGCAUGCUUGACUGCUUCAGGAAACAGAUAACAUCACCCACCUACGACAUCCAAGAGCCAGUGCUGCUUGCUAUAUUCAGCACCCUGGCCGCCGAGUACCCUCGUCCGCUCCCUCCUAUGGGCCUGAGCUUCCUGCACGAGGUGUUCCACCGCGGCACCCCCUGGAGGAUGAACAGCAUCCAGCUGGCUGCGAGGCAGGCGCUUACGGCACCAUCGGCUAAGCGCAUGGUGGAUAACUUCUUAGCUGGAAUCGAACCUGGGACUACGGAGGAGUCAGACAUAAUGCUUCUAUUCGAUCACCUCCCGAUCCUGUGCCGCACCAUGCCGCCCAUCGCCCUCAGACCCUCGGUGGAGAGGAGCCUAGCGCAUUCGCUGGGCAACUGGGAGCUGUUCAUCAAGCAGCUGGAGAGCAUCAGCCGCACCCUGGAUAAUGAGAGGAUCCACGAGGCGAACAGGGCCUGGUUGUGCCAACUGCUGGAGUCACAGUUCUCUCUCAUCCCCGAGGAUAGCCCGGCGUGGGCGGCGUACGUGCGCGCGAGCCGCUCGCUGGGCAGCGCGCACCUGGAGCGCAUGACGGCGCCGGGCGGCUGGUGGGGCGUGUCGGGCGACCUGCUGCGCCGCGCCUGCGCCGUGCGCGCCGCGCUCGCCCGCUCCGCCCCCUCCGCCCCCUCCGCCCCCUCCGCCCCCUCCGCCCUCGUGUGGCUCAACGAGGCGGUGGAUGCGCACGCGACGCACUUUCUUGAACAGGAAUACUCCCUCGAAUGUAUGUGGGCGGCUCUCCGCGACGCGAGGGACGACUCCUCCACCAGAGAGUGGUUCUUGCAGCUGCUGGCUCGCACUCAAGUCGCUUUCAACGAAACGGAAGACGAAUCCUCGAAGCUGUACCUCUGCGACGUGUUCGCGCUGUCCGCGUGCGCGUUCAGUGGCGUGUGGUCCUUCGAGCCGGAGCCGAGCUGCGUUACUGCGAGUAGGGAGCGGAGGUACUCCUUGCUGCCCAGUGCUGUGGCUGUGCUCGUGGGGAAGGAGGGCUGGAGGGAGUGUAGCUUGCAGAUGCUAGAAUGGCUUUGCCACACGCGGGACGCAAUCCGCGACCCCGCUACUGCGCAAGCUUGCCAGCGGAGCCUGCUGGCGCUGAGGCACUGCGAGCAGUUCGUUGCGCAUAAGAUUUGGACGAGGCUGAGGAAUAUGGAGGAUUUGUAAGCGGCGCCACAGUGAAAUCAUGUAAACAGUUUUCAUUGUGAUAAUGCUUUAUUGUCUAUAUAUUGUUAAUCGUUAUUUAUAAUUAUUGCUAGUUUUGUGUUAAAUCUAUAUUUUACAUUAUUAACCAGUAAAAAAACGCACAAAAGCUUUUGCUAUUUAUAAAGUGUAUGUAACUGAGUUUUAUUUCAUCACCUGCAUAUUGCAUCUAGCUCCUAGCUUCAAAGU